UUUUGUUCUUUUGUAGUCAAUGGAUUUGGCAUCGGCGAGCGAGCUGCUCAGCACGAGUCCGCGCGUGUGGAUGCAUGUGGAGGGCACUGCGCCGCCGCCGUCACCGCCGCUGGACAGAGACCGGUUUCUCACAGCCGUGGCGCUGUACACGGAGCGGCCACAGCUCAUCAACAAGCGGUUUAAAGGCGCUGCAGUGCUCGCGACGAGGCCAAACAUCUCUCUCGAGGGCGACGCUGCGGCACACGCGCUGGCCGCCCUGUACAAUGCCGCCGCAGACUGGUCGACUGUGCAAGCAAAGGAUGGCUCGAUUCAGGAGACCGAGGCCGAGGCCGAGGCGAGCAACGACAGCCAUGAUGCGCUCAGUGGCGCACGCGGCGUUGCGAUGACUGCUCGGCGAAUGAUUGUGCCGAGAGCCCGCCAUGGGUGGUUUUCAGAGUACGAGCUGCAUCCGGUCGAAUUUGCCGUCGUUCGUCACGGAGCGCCACUGCCAAGCGUCACGCUGGUGCCGUGGGUCUACAGCGUCGAAAACCCGAUGGGCGUCGGCGAAUUGCCGCUCGUGUGCUGGCGGUUUGCGCUCGACGUGCAAGGGCAGAUUCAACUGUUCGCAUCGGUCGCGAAUGCUCCAGAGCCAGAGGCCACAUCUGUCAAGGUCGUGCAUUGGCGGACACCCACCCAGGAUCAGUUGGCUCGGCUCGCGGAGGGCUUUGUGUGGAAGGCUGGGCAGUUUCUCGAACGGCUCUACGGACUUUCGAUACCCUUGCAGUCGCUGCCCACUGCCACCACCGCAAGAAAAACCAACCCCAGUUCCACAAGUCUCAUCGAUGACGCGGAAGCCUCUUCUUCAUCUCUUGCAGCAACACCGUCUUCAACAGCAGCAGCUGCGCUAGAUCGGUUUGCAAGCACGCCCGACUUUACCCCUGCGGCAUACGUACCCGCCACCCUAAGCGCGUCCAAUCUGCCAUUCACAGCAAUGAUUGACGUUGAGACAUUCCUGUCGACGUACGACCGGCUCAAAGCGACGUACGGCUGGCCACUGGCGGCCAGCUGGUCUGAGAAGACGGACGCGUCCAAGUUUGUAUUUGAAGACGUCGUGAUUGCCUCGUAUCUGUUGUGUCUGUGGGAGCUGCCGCAGUUCUGCAAUCCUGCGACCAAGCUGCCACAGAAGCAGCGCUUUGUGGAUCUCGGUUGCGGCAACGGGUUGCUGGUUUGGAUUCUUUCCCGCGAAGGCCACACUGGGUAUGGCGUCGAUCUCGCGGCUCGCGAUAUCUGGACGCGGUUUUCAGGCGAAGCACGACUGGAGGUGCGUGCCAUCCACCCGAACGUGGACGUCUUCCCAGAAGCCGAUUGGCUCAUCGGCAAUCACUCGGAUGAGCUGACCCCGUGGAUGCCCUUCAUGGCCAUGCGGUCGUCUCCUUCCACCAAGUAUAUUGUCAUUCCUUGUUGCACUUUUGACCUGUUCUGUCGGUUUCAAAAGACCAGCUUUGUCAAUGAUGUGAUUAACGAGCGUGUGCAACGGAUCACAGCAAGCGAGCAAGAUCAUCUGCUUCAACCGUUGGGCGUUGCAGCAGCACCGACGACGACGGUGUCAGCUUUGGAGGCAGAUGCAGCAGCUGGCGCCUCUUCCGGCGGCAAGGACAGCAGCCUUCGAGGAAAGCGUCGACACGACGGCUCUCCCGCCAUCACAUCCAGCUCGGCAUCCACGUACGUGGAAUAUCUGCACUACACGCGACAACUCGGACGCGUUUGUGGAUUCAAUGUGUACACGGAUGUGCUCCGCAUCCCUUCCACCAAGAAAGUCUGCCACAUUGGCGUCCCGACCCUGGAGCUGAGCGAAGCGCUCGCUGCUCCGUCUGCGAGCGUGAGUGCUCGCGUCGAUGAGCUACUGGACGCCAAUUGGAUGAGCUGCGCUUCGUCUGCUGGGCUUAGCGCCGAGGAGAUUGACGUCCAACGAGCAAAACGCGUGUUCAUUGCGCGAUCUGCCACUCAAGAGGUUGUGAAUUGCACACAGCUGCCACCUGAUUUCCUCCAAGCAGCCGUGCGAGUGGUGCUUGCCGCGCUAACGACAGAGGACAAGCUUGCUUCUGGUCCAGUCUUGACCACUUGGGACGGUCGACCUUGGCGUCGUGGCGGCUCGAUUUCGAUGGGCGAGGUCGCACAGCUCUUCUCCAAAGACAUGCUGACUCAGAUGAAGUCCAAUCACGGCGGCCUCAAGACGCUACUCAAGAACCACCAUUACAUGUUUGAAGCCAAUGCAACAGUUGCACUGCGAGAUUGGCCAAGCACAAAGCUGGAGGAUCUGCUCGAGCGUCGACGAGAAGCCGAGGCCAAUUCUCGGAAAAAGCCUCGCAUCGAAGCAGCAGUGGUAGUUGCGUCCGAAAUUUCCGAGAUGGAGACGGAAGCACCAGCACCCCCUCCACAACGUGCGCGGCGCCCAUGUUUACUCCACUUGUAUCAUCCAGAUGGAUGUCCUCUGGGUGAGCAUUGCGGCUAUGUGCAUGUGGAUCGCGAGCAGUACUUGGCCGAGCACCCGUGACUGCGCUUUUCAAAAAAAAAAAAAAACCAAAUGUUGUUAAAUGAGACCAAGGUGUAUUUAUGGGGCAAAACUUAUUCAUCACAAACGCUUCAAAUUCAU